AUGUAUAUUCCAGAUGUGUCAGGAGCGGGACAGAUCAGUAUAAAUCCCUUGAAGCAUCCGGAUUUCUUUCAAGUGCACAAUCUCUUCACCGUAAAAGAUUUGUUCGAUGCUAAAGUGCAUCUAGGUCACAAAGAGGGUUCGAUGGACGAUAAAAUGCGUCCUUUCAUCUACGGAAAACGUCUAGGACAUUUAAUCAUAGAUCUCGAUCGAACUGCUGAGCUUCUCAGGCAAGCCUUAAAUUUCACCGCUCACAUCGCCUUCAGAGAAGGCAUCAUUCUCUUCGUUGCCAGAUCUCCACAAGCGACUUUUUUAGUCGAUCAAACCGCCAUCGAGUGCGGAGAGUACUCCUACACCAGAAAAUGGCAGGGUGGAAUUUUUACGAAUUCCGAAAAAGAAUUCGGAGCAGUGACAAGGCUCCCGGAUCUUUGUAUACUUUUCAACACUUUUAAUGAGAUCUCAUUACAACAUCCUGUUGUUGUCAAUGCUGCUAAAAUGUGCAUUCCCACUGUUGGAAUCGUCGAUACAAACAGUAAUCCCAAUCUAAUUACUUACCCUGUGCCAGGAAACGACGAUUCCAUUUCUGCAAUUGAACUGUAUUGUAAACUGUUUAAAGAGGCGGUUUUAAGGGGUAAACAAGCGAGGGCGAAAUUUUUUGAAAUUCCCGCGUAA